AUAUUAAACGUGUUAUACGGGUUUUAUACGUGUUUAGUACGGGAGCCGUCAAAUGAACGGGAACUAAUGAAACGGCUUGACAAUAAUACGGAUACGGAAGUUUUAAACGGAUAAAGUACGUACGGGUACAUAUACGUGUACUAAACGGAGUAUUUACUAACUAUGGCUACAGGGAGCAUAUAUAUAUAUAUAGUACUGUUGAUGGUACGUUUUGGUUAAAUAAAUGCUUUAAUUAUUUUCUUAUGUAUGAAUGAUCGAUCUGUUCUUAUUUAAUUAACAGAGAUUAACAUGAAUGUGCAGGCUAGGGGGAAAAGGGGCCGGAAAUAAUGGAAGUAUCGGUGAUAUCAACGGAGAACAUCAAACCAUGGUCAUUAGCAGGAAGUGAUCGGCAUGAGUUCAAACCAUUCAAGCUGUGCCUUCUUGACCAGCUCAUGAUCUCCAUUCACUGUCCUCUUCUACCCCAUGAAGGAUGAUCAUCAUGAUAAGAAAUCGGUUGGCAAACUGUUGAAAGCCUCGUUGUCGAAGACCUUGAAUCCCUUCUACCCCGUAGCCGGGAGAGUGAAAGACAACCUCAUCAUCAACGACUUCGAAAAGGGUGUCCCGUUCACCCAAGCCCGGGUGAAGGGACACCGUCUGUCUGAUGUCCUGACCUCGUCACGUGGUGGCGGUGGGCCAAGGUUGGACUUCCUAAACAACUUGCUCCCAUUCGAGCCAUUCUGUCAGGGACAGGAGAAUGUUGCAUCUGGUUCCCAAGCACAAGUAUCUGUGCAACUCAACACAUUUGACUGCGGUGGGAUAGCACUCGGACUGAACAUGUACCACAAGCUCAUGGACGGGGCGACCACCAGUGCGUUCCUCCACACUUGGGGAGCCAACUGCAGCAACGAUCCACACCUGAAGAAACAACCGGAGUUACACAAAGCAUCCUCGGUUUUCCCUCCCAGGUACUCGAUCCCGAUUGAGUCCCAAACAUUCUCGGACAGAAUGCUUUUCGAGGACGUGGGAGGACAACGACGAUGUGGUGGUGCCUCGAGGAGAUUCGUGUUCGAUGAGAAGGCUAUCGCAACACUAAGAAGCAAGGCGAGGCUCAGUGUCCUUCACCCGACUCGUCUUGAAGCUCUGUCUGCUUUCAUUUGGGAAUCGGCUCUAAGGGCAGCGGCUGCUGCGGGUGAUGCGCAACAGCUGAUGUUUCUCAUGCAGGGUGUUAACAUGAGGCAACUAAUGAGGCCGCGCUUGUCCAAGCACUCGCUCGGCAACCUCGUGACCACCGCGAUGGCUUCUUGCAUGGAUAGCCCCAACAGGUCAAUGGAGGAACUGGUGAGACUCAUCAGAGAUGGGAAUGUAAGGGUUGAUGAAAACUACGUCAAUGCCAUCUCCGGCGACCAAGGUUUCGCGGUCAUGAUGCAGGGGCAGAAGAUGUUGCAAGAGAUGACAGGAGGGUUUGCUAGGAAACCCCUAGCUUGCUCGAGCUGGGUCGGGUGGUUUCAAUAAUUUCGAUUUCGGUUGGGGGAAGCCUGCCUGGUCCGGUUUGUUUGGAGACCCUAGUGGAGAACAUCCUUUUAUGAACAAUUCCAUAAUUUUCAAGGAGGUGGCUGCACGAGGGCAUGGGAACUCGAAAGCUAUAGAGGUGUAAGAAAUUUUACAAUGCUAUAUAGUAUUGGUGUUAUAGGAUUUUGCUUUUAUGGUACAACUUAAAAUUGUACGUUUAUGUUAUGGUACAAUUUCAGACUGUACCUAUACUUUUUGUACAAAUUCUUUUAUGGUACAACUUGAACUUGUACCUUUAUGUGAUGGUACAACUUCAAGUUGUAAAGUUGUACCAUAACAUAAUGGUACAAAUUGCUUUAUGGUACAACCUAAACUUAUACAUUUAAUGUUAUGGUACAACUUUAAGUUGUACAUUAAAGCACCAAUACUAUAUAGCAUAGUAGAAGUGCUCAUAGAGGUGUGGAUAAGGCUAGAUGAAGAUGUCAUGGCUCUUCUUGAACAUGAUGCUCACUUCCUUGAAUAUGCUUCACCUAAUCCUCCUCUCAUUCUCGAUUGAUCAUAAACUAUUCGUAUACCAUUCUCUAUGCGAGAAACUCCGAAUUUGACCUUGUAUUGUAUUCUUUUAACCUAUCUUCUUUUCACUUUUGUUAUUACCAAAACAAGAAAAUAAAAUUGAUCACUACAUAAAAUGUAACCCUUUUAUGGUUUAUCUUGAAUAAUGAUAUCGCCUUUUCAUUAGCCAUCUCUAAUCACCACUAUACAUAUACCAUCACUACAUUGAGAAAAGGAGAGGGCCAAGCAAGUAAUCUGCUCAAAUACCUCUUGUCUAAACAUAAACACACACGUAAUUACCAUAUUAAUGUUCUUGAUGGGCGAAUGUUUAUACUAUCAAUCAUCAAUUAAUUAAAAGCCGAAGAUUUUUUACUGUUCCUUACGAUUUUAUCGCUGGGAACCUUGAAUUACCGUAAGUGCAUUUGUUUACGGUUCCUCACGAUUUUGUCGCUGGGAAUAAUUACCUUAAGUGCAUUUUUAAACACUGUUCACUGGAGGAUUCAUCAUCCCAUGUAGUGAGGUGUAAUGUAAGUUUUUGUACGGGUAAGUGCAUUUUUUAAACAUUGUUCAUCCCGUGUAGGAUCGAUUCAUCCCAUGUAGUGACGACAUGCACAAUCAAGUUUGAAAAAACUUAUUGCUCUGGGUUAAGUUUAGUAAGUGGUGAUUAUAUAAUUCUUCCAUGAUGAUUACGCCACUAUUAAAACUUAUGGGUAUAAAAUUAUUUCUUAUGCAUCUACGAAAUAUUUCUCUAUGUAAAGUUUAGUGAGUGAUGGUUAAUUGGUUAUUUCCUAGGUAUCAAUUACAGAAACGUAUUAUUUAUGUCUUUCAUAAUGAUUAAGAUACUAUUAAAACGUAUGGAUAUAUAAUUAUUUCUUAUGCAUAUGUUAAACAUAUAUUGCCUAAGUCUUUCAUAUUAUAAGUCCCAACGAUAAAAUCGUGAGGAACGGUAAAAUUUGGGGUUUAAUUCAUUGAUUAUUAAUUAACCAAAUAUGAUAUUCUCAUAACUUAGUUACUUUAUUAUUAACUACAAUAUUCACCACCUCAUCAAGUUGCAUUAUGAUAAAGUUUUGUAAGAUAAGAUAACUUUUCCAUAGUAAUUUGAAAUUUAAACAAAUGUGAUACUUUUAUUUAUUUAUUAUUAGACCAUCCCUUAUGAAAGAUUUAUGUAAUUCGUUCCAUAAUAGUUAUCUAAAUUUUACAUAAUAGGUUAAUUAAAUAUGAUAAUUUGGUAAUUUUAUUAUUAUGUUACGCGUUACAUAAGAUUUGUGUAACCCAUUUUAUCACAGUUACGUAAAUUACAAGUACAUUACGUAAAAUUUAUGUUUAGAUAUUUAUUUUUUAUGUAUCAAUUAAACAAUAAUGAUUAAGAUAGACC